ACAUUCACAUCCUGCAUCAAAACGAGUAAGUAACACGUAAGGAAUUAUCAUGAAACUGGUCAUACUCCUUGUUGUCGUUUCUGCCAUGCUCGUGUUAGGAGGAGCACAGACAGCCAGCCAAUUUUAUUGUGGAGACUUUUUGGCGCGUACAAUGUCCAUCCUGUGUUGGCCGGACAUGCCGAAACGAAGCGGAUCCCAGUACGCGGGCUACGGCUGGCCGUGGCUGCCCCCCUUCUCCUCGUCUCGUGGGAAACGCGGUAUUGUCGAUGAGUGCUGCUAUAGACCCUGCACAACAGACGUUCUGAAGUUAUACUGUGAUAAGCAAAUUACUAUUUAAUUAAUACGGAAAUUUAUCCAAUUUGAAAAUUUUUGUUAACGCGUUAUCUGGAUUAAAUAAAUGGUUAACUUAAAAA